CACUCGAAAUUCCAUUGGUUGGUGUAACGGUCGUCAAUGGAAUGGACAACAUGUUACAAUUCAUGAAAUUAGUCGGACAGCUGAAACGCGUACCACGAACAGGAUGGGUGUACAGAAAUAUCAAACAGCCUGAGAGUGUCUCUGAUCAUAUGUACAGAAUGUCAAUGAUGGCAUUAACAAUACAGGACACUAGUGUCAAUAAAGAAAGAUGCAUGAAGCUGGCUUUAGUUCAUGACUUGGCUGAGUGUAUUGUGGGAGAUAUUGCUCCUGCAGACAAUGUUAGCAAAACAGAGAAGCACAGAAGGGAAAAUGAGGCAAUGGUGCACAUCACAGGCCUGUUAGAUGAUGGCUUGCGGGAAGAGAUUUACAACUUAUGGGAGGAGUAUGAGGCUCAGUCCAGUCCAGAAGCCAAACUGGUGAAAGAGUUUGACCAGCUGGAGAUGAUAAUACAAGCUCAUGAAUAUGAAGAGUUGGAGGGGAAACCUGGAAGACUCCAGGAGUUCUUCACCUCCACUGAAGGCAGGUUUCAUCACCCAGAGGUAUUGAGUCUGGUGAAGAGUCUGAAUGAGGAAAGAGCUCGCCACAUCGCUGCCAAAGGAGAUAAUGCUACUGCGAAGACCACUGACACAAGCUCUCACACCCGAGCAACACCAUGAUCUCCAUUCCUGUCAGGCAAUGAAGCUACCUCCACACAUCUGUGCACAAGAGUGUUUAUUUAGUCGAGAUAUUCUGUUUUAUUAUCUUUUUAAUUGUACAGAAGCAUGGUUUGUGGUUGUAUGAUGUUCCUGUUUGUUUAAAGGACAUAGUUUGUUUCCACGGUUGUAAUUUUAUUAAUAGAAAUCAACCUUUUUAUUAAAAUCAAAUGGAAAUAUGUGAAACUGUGUUUUUUAACCUCACAGAAGUUCUUUUCUUUUGAUCAGUAUUUUAAUGCCUUCCUGUAUUACAUUCUUUAUUAAAAAGCAUAUUUUAUGACCACUGAACCUGAUUUUACUAUGUUAAACGCAAUGGAAAGGGAAAUGUAAACAAUCCAUCUUGCAAUAAUUUGAACAACUUUCAAAAUAUGUUUGUAAUUUCAUUACAUUUGUAAAUACAUUAUCAGUUCUACAGUGGAAAGUAAAGGCAAAAAAAAAAGUGAAUCGAAGGUCUUUGCAGAGACUUUGCCACACUUUAGUGUCUUAAUGAUGAGGGAACAGUAAAAUUAAUCCUCAUGUUAUGGUUUAUGAUUUCAGUUCAUAUUUAUUUCAUGACUGAUGAGCCGUGACUUGGUGACUUUGCCAAAAAACGUUUAAUGAUUAACGUUAUCAAUGAACGCAGCUCAACACAACACUUUGAAGAAAGAUUUUGGUUAUGAAAUCCUCUUCCUUAAAACAACAAUUGACUUAAAUGUCAAUGUUAAAUAUGUAAAGCUGCAGCACAUUUUACACAAAUGUAUGAAUAAAAGAAAAAAAAACACACAUCAUAAUGCUAUACAUUUUUGGUCAGUGACAAAUAUUGUUGCCAUUUCAUAGUUCACACCAGGCAUUUUAGAUAAAUUAAUAGACUGCAGUAAAACACACAUUCUUAAUUUGCUGUUUGCAUCUGUUAACAGCAAACAUGUGCUCUAGCUGUGCAGGAAAAGGAGCAUUAACAGA